UCCUCCCUCUAAUGUCUGCAUUGGCCGUUAUAUUCUCAAUAUGCAAAUCACAUCUUGUGGUCACACAUAUCAGCGAUGUCUUGGAGAUUUUUAUGUCCUUUUUAACCCUUGGUGUGCAGGCCCAUAGAGAAGAAUAUGUUCUGAAUGAACAUGGAAUACUGUAUGAAGGAGUUCACAAGCAUAUUACUUCUCGACCAUGGCACUUUGGACAGUUUGAAGAUGGGAUACUGGAUAUCUGCUUGAAGAUCUUAGAUAUGGGUGCAAGUUACCAUCACGGCUCUGAUCGUGACCACUGUUGGCGCAAUGAUCCCGUGCAUGUUAGCAUGGUGGUAAAUCAUAUGAUAAGCAGCCAUACCACUAACAGUAUCAUGAAGAUUCCAGAAAACAAUGAUUACCUGAAAGGAACAAAGCCAUUUUCCUGGAAUGGAAGCGUCCCUAUUCUUCAGCAGUGGUACAAUGGCAGAUGCAGGCCUGUCAGAUAUGGGUACUGUGGGUCUCUUGCUUCAGUAAUGUGCACAGUGAUGAGGUGUUUGGGAAUUCCAAGCCGUGUUGUAACGAACUUCUGUUUUCCAUGCUCAACUGAGAAUCCCCUUGGUAUCAAUGAGAUUUUUGACUGUACUGGCAAAAACCUGUGUGGCAAAGACAAGCUAUGGCGAUACCACUGCUGGAAUGAAUCUUGGAUGGCUCGCAGAGACAUAAAUCAGUGCUGUGGUGAUUGGCAGUGUCUAGAUCCAACACCCUUGGAAACUGGCAGAGGUUCAGCUUGCUGUGGUCCUACGUGGGUUCGAAGCAUCAGGGAAGGGGAACUGGACUUGGAUUAUGAUGGUCAUCAUAUGUUUUCUCGAGUAAAUUCAAACUAUGUUGGCUGGCUUUCCCAGAACAAUGGCAAAAGAACAAAGUUUUUCUGUGACACUUGGCCAUGUGGACAACGUCUAAUCACCAAGAGUAUUGGCAGUGAGCAAUUUGAAGAUAUCACUGGAGCUUACAAGUAUGAACUAGGUAUGAUGAAAGUAUAUUAA